GGUGGGCGGGGCCGCAGGCGAUUGGGUUCACACGCUGGGGACACCUGCUGAUGGUCCCGGGCAUCCCGGCUGCUGGGGAAGUGAGACUGGAGGACUGAAAAGUCAGGGCCAGACCUCGGAAGGCUGAGGCAGGAGGAUCGCUGUAAAUUCGAGGCCAGCCUGGGCAAUUUAGACUCUGUCUCAAAUUUUGAAAAAGUUGUCUCUCGGGUAGAGCGAUUGCCUAGCCGAGCCCGAAGCCCUGGAUUCCAUCCGCGGCACGGCCAAAUAGAAAUUAAAAGUGGCGGAAAGCCUGGGGAUGUAGCUUAGUUGUAAAGUGAGCUUUUGCCUCGCUUGUGCAAAGCCCCGAGGGCAAUCCCCAAGGCCUCAAAAAAUGACCAAAAAUUUGUUUUGUUUUGUUUUUCUAAACAGGAUUUUUAUAUGCAGCCCUGGCUGUCCUAGAACUCACUCACUCAGACCAGGCUGAUCUCAAACUCGAAGAUCUGCCUGCCUCUACCUCCCGAGCGCUGGGAUUAAAGGCGUGCGCCACCACUGCCCGGCUUUUAAAAAAAGAAAAGUCUUAUGUGGGAAAGCUAAUCCAACGCUGUUCGUGGCGGAUUGUUGAUGGUUAACAAUACACAGACAAGUACUCGAUAAUAGGAAAUUUUUUGUUUCUUGAGACUGUGUCUUUAUGUAGCCUUGGCUGUCCUGGAACUCACAGAGAGCCACCAGCCUCGCCUUCCCAGUGCCAAUCGUUGCCAAACAAUCUAAGGAGUCAGGAGAUAACUUCCAUUUUAAGGCUCAGGAAGAUGGUUUGCCCAUGUCAUCACAUCCCUUAUCAGACCUAGCGGUAGGGCUCCAGUCUUGUUUACCAAGAAGCCUAGAGUGUGCGGAGCCGGCUCAGUAGAACAAAACUUGCACGCGGCCAGCUCCACCUCCCUAUGAAGCCCCGCCCCAUCCAUGGGGCAAGGCGAGGAGGGGUUUCCAUGGUGACCGCAAACAAGACCCCACCUGGAGGGGCCGCUACAGAGUUGGCACCCCUGCUGCCACCAUGAUACCCCCCGCAGACUCUCUGCUCAAAUAUGACACCCCGGUAUUGGUGAGCCGGAACACCGAAAAACGGAGCCCCAAGGCUCGGCCCCUGAAAGUCAGCCUCCAGCAGCCUGGACCCUCGGGUCCAGUCCCACAGCCACCCAAGGCCAAGCUACCCUCGACUUCCUGUGUCCCAGAUCCUGCAAAACAGGCAGAAGAAAUCUUGAAUGCCAUCUUGCCUCCAAGGGAAUGGGUGGAAGACACACAGCUAUGGAUCCAGCAGGUGUCCAGCACACCCAGCACCAGAAUGGAUGUGGUGCAUUUGCAGGAGCAGCUGGACCUGAAGCUUCAGCAGAGACAGGCCAGGGAGACAGGCAUCUGCCCUGUGCGCAGGGAACUCUACUCUCAGUGUUUCGAUGAGCUGAUCCGGGAGGUCACCAUCAACUGUGCAGAGAGGGGGCUGCUGCUGCUGCGGGUCCGGGAUGAGAUCCGCAUGACCAUCGCCGCCUACCAGACUCUGUAUGAGAGCAGCGUGGCAUUUGGCAUGAGGAAGGCACUGCAGGCCGAACAGGGGAAGUCAGACAUGGAGAGGAAAAUUGCAGACUUGGAGACAGAGAAGAGAGAUUUGGAGAGGCAAGUGAAUGAACAGAAGGCGAAAUGCGAGGCCACUGAGAAGCGGGAGAGCGAAAGGCGGCAGGUGGAGGAGAAGAAACACAAUGAGGAGAUCCAGUUCCUGAAGCGGACCAAUCAGCAGCUGAAGGCCCAACUGGAAGGCAUUAUCGCACCAAAGAAGUGAUAAUUUCCAUAUGGGUCUCAGCAGGCACUCCGCCCCACCGUAGGCCC